AUGGGGCUGUUCUCGGCGUGCUUCGCUCUGGCAGCCUACAUAUUCCUAGCGAUUGGCGGUUUGGGCGCCCACGGUCUGGUCUAUGCCAACGUCGUGAAUAUGUUUAUUCGGAUAGUUUGGAGCUUUAGCUUCGUCCAGCGUUUCUUGCGUCGGCAGAACAUUGAUUUAGUGUUCAAGGAGUUCGCUUUGCGACCUCAGACCUAUGCUGCCGGGGCUGCGGUGACUGCCAUGUUUUCAGCUCUAAAAUCCAAUAUCGAUUCUUAUGGAGACAUCCUCCCGUUUGGCCUUGGGGGAAGCUAUGUUCUUCUGGUGUAA